AUGCUGUCAAGUUUUUUUUAUUGUAGAACUCAACAGAAUACCAAUGCUACCGUUCCUGCAAGCGCAUUGACAAGUACUACCCAAUCAGUAGCAUUACAUAAGGGUCCGACAGAGUGCCAAACCGUGCCUGUUGCCAGCGUGGCGUCUCCGCUAGCGGAUCCACUCGGAUCGCGAAAGAUUUUCGUUGGUGGUUUGAACCGCCAGGUCACAAAUGAAGCCCUACGCACCCAGUUUGCCCGAUUUGGCCAUGUUACAGACGCAAUUGUGAUUAGAGAUAGGAAAACUGGUGUUUCCAUGGGCUAUGGUUAUGUUACCUUUGAGUUACCAAGUGUUGCCGAAGCUGUGCUCGCUGAGCCCAAACAUGAGGUCUGCGGCAGUUAUGUAGAUGUUAAGAAAUUUCAAAAGCCUAAACGAGGUGACCUGAAUCAGGACUGUACAGCGCCUGCAACCAGGUAA